GGCUAGCGGGUGAGACGCCCGGAGAGAGAGGCCGCAGCGGCGAGCGGCAGCAGCAACCGAAGACCGGCCCCUGUCUGUGUUGCGACCGACGAGCGGUUCUGGAAGCCGCGGCGGCGCUGGAGGCUGUUCUUCUUCAGCAACCCGACGAAGCCCCGUACAGCUGCAACCGCCAGCGACGACCGUCGGCUUUGUGUGACGCUUGCACCCCCCGACUGCCAAAACUGCAUGCACCUCGGAGCGACGAGGUGGUGUCAGGCGGCCGACCGCGCGACUGGUCACUGACCAGUUGUAGAGAGCUUCGCGAAAGGUCCUGGAGUUGUGUGCCCGUCCUUCCGGACGGUCGUCACAGUUUUGAAGAGACGCACAGACUUCGUGAAGCGCUGUGGUUCACUUCUGUCACCCGUACCCCCCAAACGUCGUGUGAACCGAACGGCGCUUUCUUUUUAUCGAUGACCGUUUGUUGGCCGCUUCCGAGUGUGAAACGAGUCUUCUAUAAGCGGCAGUGUGUGAACAAGGUUUGAGACACGGUGCGCGCACGCACGUGAUCUGUUUUUCUUUUUUUCUUGUUGCCUUCGAGGUUAGAGGUGGGUGUGUGUUCGGGCGCGCGCGUGUGUGUGUCUCGGUGUGACGUGUGACUUCGAUCUCUCCAGCCUACAGUUCGCGACACCAUCGUCGUAUGUUUGCAUCGGGCAGUGGAACCGUAGGAUUUUUCGGAACUCGCGUUGCCCCGUGAUUACGUCCCAGUAAUUGUUGCGUGGUGGUCGCGGAAAAAAACUCGUUCUACUCUUUAUUUAUUUCGUUCGAUAUAUCGAUUGUGUGAUAGCGACGUGAACCCUGCUUGCACGCCCCUACGUCAACCACCCCCCUUAGGCCUCAUCGGUCAUGGGGUCCACAGCGGGAUUCAAGCUCGCGGCGACCUCGGGACAACCGCGGUCACCCUGGUUCACGAUAGCUUCGACGCUGGUGGUGGUGUUGUCCCUCGCGUCGACGGACGCCUGGCCAGCCCUGGAUUCGACCACCCUGGAUUCCAACGGCAGUGACGCCGCCGACGCUGCGGUCGUCCGCGGAGCCACGGGUCUCGCCGUGGUCUGUGCUUGCGGAGCGGACGUGGCCAAGUGUCCGGCCGGGAGGACGGCCAAGACUCCCAGUCGCUGUCCUCCGUGUGGUCUAGUGUGUGCCCGACAGACCGGCGAAGCCUGUUCGGUCGACGAACCGUGCGCCAAGGAUUUCGGCCUGUCCUGCGACCCCGUGUCUUUCACUUGCAAAGGCAAACUGCUCAUCCAGAAGACGGCGGUGACGCACAACUCGGCGUCGCUGCAGUGGAGGAUGCGACAGUACCCGACCCCGUACCCUGGUGUAUUCUACACACCGCGCUACGUCGGGUCUGACACGCGGUGGACGAACGCUGAGCCCAACGACCAUUCGGUGACGCUGAAGAACCUCAGGCCGAACACGGAAUACGUCGUCAGGAUCAUGCAGGACGGAACGCAAGAAAUGAUCGUCGUCCGGACAAAGGACAUGCCGACGCCCGCUGCCGCCAAGGUGCUGGUCACCCAGGUGACGCCCAGCAGCGUGGGACUGGCCUGGGACGACUUCAAGCUGCCCAGCUACGACUCCGGCUACGUGGUCCAGCACAGGCUACUGACUGAGAACCGUGGUGACGCCCCCUGGGAGAGAGAACAGUUUGGCAACAUACCGCUGGCCACCCUGGACAACCUGAAGCCCCAGACUGGCUACCAGGUACAGGUGUCUGUCUGGGACGACAAGGAAGCCGGAAAGCUCGGGGCCGCCUCUGAGGUCCUCACCGUCUUCACAGCAGACGGCUGCGUGCGCUACAACCGCACCUACCGCGUGGGCGACGAGUUCACCGAGGGCUGCGAGCUGCGCUGCGUCUGCCGGGGCAACGACGAAGGCGACUGCAAGGAGCGCUGCCAGGAGCCGUACGUGCGCGCGGGCGCCAUGGCCUCGGACCCGCUGUGCUACGAGAAGGCGCUGCCCGACGACCCCUGCUGCGUCAGCGUCCGGUGCGCGCACAGCAAGAAUCACCAGCACCACGACCCCGCGCUGAGGACUUUCAGCCAGAAGAGCGGCCACUGUCCCGAGAUCGUGGAGGACCAGAGCACGGACCCGGACUCGUGCUCGAACGAGUGCAACAGCGACUUCGAGUGCGCCGGCGUGCUCAAGUGCUGCCCGAGCUCCUGCGGCGGAGCCGUCUGCGUCGAGCCCUUCUCGGGCAAAGACCCGUGCGACAACGUGUUCUGCGGACCCAACGCGCUCUGCAUGCUGGAGAACGCUUCGCCCGUAUGCCGGUGUAGGAGCGGAUACAGCGGCGAUCCUAACAACGCAACCAUGGGAUGCACACAAGGAGGCAACGGGGUAGUCCCCGCCGACACUUCGUCCGAGCCCAGCACCGACGACCAGUCCUCAACGCCGUCGCCUUCGGACACGUGCGUCUACAAGAACCGGACGUACCCCGUGAACGAGUACUUCUACGACGGCUGCGGACUCAAGUGUCACUGCACCGACCAGACCGAAGUGGAGUGCCAGCAGCGGUGCCUGUUCACGCUGGAGGAACCGCCCGCGACCGACCUCGACCCCGGUUGCGAGAUCCUCACGGACCCCAACGACCCGUGCUGCAAGAUCUUGGCCUGCGAAGCGUCGCCCAACGGAACCGUGGCGAUCCAGAACGUCACGGCGCCCGGAAGAAGUUCGGAAGCGGCCGGAAACGAGACCACUUACGUCAAGAACGACGUCGAGGUGACCACUACCGCGCGGCCAUCCGUGGCAACAAACACCACUGUCGCUGGCGCCAACGAUGACCCCACGGCAACCACGAUCAUCUACGAGCAGGAGAUGGUCACGGAGAAGAUGCUCGUCGACACCGGACUCACCACCAUCGUCAACGUGCUCGAGCCCGGAGAUGCCAAUGUCACGGAGAACCCGCUGGGAACGGCGAACGUCACUGCCGCGGGCAACAGCAUCGGAAGCGAUGGGACAUCCAACGCGUCUCGCCAAGGUGGUUACCCCGGCAAGCUUCAUCGGUUCGACGGGUGCGAGUUCCGUGGCAAGGUGUACCAGGGCGGCGAGACCUUCUUCGACGGCUGCGAAGCCCGGUGCACGUGCAGCGGCAAGGGCCACCUGACCUGCCUCCCUCGUUGCAACGUCAUCAGUGCCAGUGGUGGGGACACUUGCAAGGAGGUCGCCGACCCUAACGACGCCUGCUGUCGCGUGCUGGUGUGCAACCCGCCCGGAGACACCCAGGCACAGUCCAGCGUUGAAGGCCUAAAGUUGCUUAUCGAGAUGGCUGAACCCGAAAAUGCCACCGUCGUGAAGAUCCGCUGGACCAUGCUUCACGACAAUAGAACGAUGCACAUGGCUGGCGACGCUAUGAUUCAGGUUUGGUACGCCGUGGUCACGAAAGACGGCGGCCCCGUCCAGUGGAUGAAGCACAAGUACAAGCUGAGCGACAUGCGACCCGUGCCGACCACCACCUCGUCGUUCGAGAUCCGCCUGGGCGGCCUGCAGCCGGAGACCGAGUACUACCUGCGCCUGGUCAAGCCGCCCGGUGAGGACGGCGACGCCGAGCACGCCGCCACGUCGAGCAACACGGUCAAGGUCAAGACCUUCGCUCCAGCGGUGCGAGCGGCGUUCAACGGCUGCGUUCACCGCAACCGCACGUACGAACCCGGCCUGGUGUUCUACGACGGGUGCGACCACAAGUGCGUGUGUCACGCCGGGGGACUGAUCGAGUGCCAGGACAGGUGCGAGGUGUACGUGGACACCGUGGGAUACGAGGACUGCCAGUGGGCGCCGGCACCCGACGAUGCCUGCUGCAUGAUCCCUUACUGCGACGGAAAGCCGCCCGUGCCGAGAAAGCCCAACGACCCGCAGCAGGACGUGUGCCUGGACGAGUCCGGCAAGCCGCACCGCUUGGGAGACGAGUGGGAGACCGGUCAGGGCUGCCUGCGUCGCGCGUGCACGUGCGUGCUUCUGGCCAACGGCUCGGCGCUUGCGGAGUGUGUCGGAGGCUGUCCACCGCUGUCCGUUACCGUCCAGUCCGCCGACAAGGACUGCCCGCAACCCGUGGUCGUGACUCCGGACGACCCGUGCCUCUGCCCUUACGUCAUGUGCAACGGUCCGCGAGGCGGUAAGGGUACGCUCCCGCUAGACUCUAGUGUCGCGGGGUCGAGACACAUGUCGUGGCACAUGAAACGCGAUUACACCGACGGCAAUUAG